AUGAGCAGUUCUCUCUUCCAUCAAAUCGUCCCCCCAACACCAUCAAAUUCCCAUCAAAUUCCAGCUCCCCCAAAUUCUGCCCAAAAAUCACCUGCACCUCCCGUUCAACCUCACCUCCAACCCCCUCUCCCUCCCGCCCCAUCUCCACCCCUAAAUCCAACUCCACCAACAAACCCCCCAAUGCCCCCCCAUCUAAUCCCCCACCUCUCCCCCUCCCACCGCCACACAACCCUAACCCUCUACCGCGCCCUCCUGCACCAACUCCGCCAUCUCCCUCCCAUUUCCCCUUCCCCCUCUCAAUCCCAUGCGAACCCAAAAGAUCUCCUUAAAAACCUAAUCCACUCCCGCUUCCACUCCGCCCGCCACAUCGUCUCUCCACACUUCCUCCAACCGCGAUUUCUCCUGGCGUAUGAGGCAUUGGAUCAUCUGGAUGCAGCGGUCGCCGGGGACUCCCAGAUUUUGCGGGAGAUUGAAGACUUGUUAUCCCGCUGCUCGUUGACUUCAACCCGGCCCCCUCUCCCUCGCCUCUCCGCGCGCACCCAUGCAGCACGAAAAUCCGCCCGCCUUGCCUCUUCCCUACCCCUCCCCAAACUCCCAUCCUGGACCAACCGUCCGUUACCACUGGAGAGGAUCAAGGGCGGGAGGAGGAGGGUACCGGUCCUCUUCACAGCAAACCACAUCCCCGUCCUCCGCUUCUCGAAACCUCAACCCUCUUCCCUAAGCGGCUACCUCACAUCCCGCAUCCGACAACGUCAAAACCGGCAAGAUCUCCUCGCGAAACUCACCUCCGACAUCACCGUGGCGAGGGGGGAGGAUGAGUGGGAUGGUCGACUACGGGACUUCGCCGGACUGGAUGGAGGUAUGUGGAGGGAGAGGUCCCCAGAGGCUAGCUGGACAGGCGCUUUAAUAGAGGAAGUCAAAGUCGUCAAAGCGAAAUUGGCGAGGGAGAGGAAGGUGAACCAAGAGGUUGGGAGGGCGAUGCAGGGGGUUGUGGAUCGGGAGGGGGAGUUGGCGGAGAUGGAAGCGGGGGAGAGGGGGAAGAGGCUAGUUGGGAAGGCGGGGAGGCGGCGGGUGGGUGGGAGAGCGCUACCCAAUACGGAGGAGGAUGGAGGUGUGGGGAGGAAGACGAAGGACUCGAUGGCUUCGUCUGCUAGUACGAGGAAGACGACUUGUCGACCGCUCGCUGGGAGGAUGAAUCCGACUGACUGA